CACAGUUGGUUUUGUCCUGCUCGUUCUGAACUGACAUGCAGCCAGGCGCGCUAUGGUGACAAGACGCACCAAAAUUAAGGGUCCGGUCCUAAAAAAGCAAAAGAGAAAAAAACGCAUUACACGGUGGCAAAGUUUCCUCUGUGCCAGGGAAGCACAGACCAUAAUGCGCACGGACUCCCCAGGGCACUGGAACAAUCCCAGUGCUUAGAGCCUCUGUUCUCAUGCGGUACUGCACAGGUUCUGAGUCAUGACGUAUUUACUGACAACGCCGUGCGAGUUUUCGCACGAGAGCACCAGCAGCUCGGUAAUGUACUUCUUGGUCAGAUAAACCUCCCCUUGCACCUCUGUCACUGCGUCUAUUAGUUCUUUUCUUUCAGCUAUCGGAAUCAUCGGACCUGUCCGUUUGGAGUGCGCAAUUCAAUUGGGAUUUUUCACCUUUCCUGUCAGAUUUGGAAAAGUUUUACCUCCGUUUUCCAGCAACUCCAGUUCAGCCUUUCAGAAUGAGGCGAGCCUGUCACCGCGAGCUCGCGCUCCUGCCGCUGCUGGGAUACCUGGCUUGCCUGACGCGCGCGGAAGUCUCUCCAUUAGGACGUGUAUUCUUACUGGACUUGGAGAGUUUUUCAAAAGCUGGACAGGAGGAAGGGUUCGAAGCAGCGACGCACGCCUGCAUCUCUCAAGGGGCCCGGGUGGCAUCUGGGGCCGACCUGCAUCACGCAGUGUUGGAAUGUGCCUUCUCAGCCUGCUCGCGUGGUUGGCUCUCCGGACCGAGCGUGGGGACCACAGUGUGCAGCGACGUCCCGGGGAGUUUGAGGCCAGUUGACGUUCAGCUGGAGAAUUUAACCGCGGACACUGAGAGACUGGGCGUGUUCUGUGUGAAAGAUAGUGAUGCUCCAUGUGGGCAGCCUCCUUCAUUUCCACACUCAUAUCUGCAGGGGAAAACUGGGCUGGAUCUGGGGGAUGAACUCCUGUACGCCUGUGACCCAGGAUACAAACUGCCCAAUGGAGAAACGGCCUUCAGCCUGCUUUGCGACAGCUGUGGAGAAUGGUACGGCCUGGUGCAGCACUGCGUCAAAGAUGAUCCUGAAGGCCACAUCGACUAUGAAGAUAAGUUAACAAAUGGCCAUCUGAGGGAGGAGCAUCAUAGUUCCUUGAUUCCAGGAGGAACGCAGCCAACUGAUCAUGAAGUGGAAGAAUCCACCCCUGAGCCUGAGUUUGAACAGACAGUCGUGUCAGAGGAGGAGAAUGAUGAAGAUUCAAAAGUAUCAGUCACUGAACCUCCAGUGUCUCAGCUCAGUCAGAAGCACAUGUUCUGGUUCCCUUCAGAGGCUUUCCAGGAUGAGAAAAAGCAUCCGAGUAUCACUACGGAUACCUCCUCUGUUAAAAGCUCCAGUGAAGAUGAGAAUCACAUGAAGGUCAAAACAACCGACAUCCAAUCUGAUCCCGACACAAUCACAGAGGAACAUGACCAUCCGACCGAUCCUCCCACCGAUGAACCUGCCAGUCCCAGUGCCGGUGGCACGGAUGAAUCCUGGCUAGAUGGAUAUCCUGUUACUCAUGAUGAAGCUAAAGCUGGAGGCGAGUCCACAGGGGAGGUGGGACCAGAACAGGGGGUGGAGACAGAGAGCGUGACUGAACACUCAGAAGUGGAGGUGUUUGAGGAUGUAAACAAAAACCCUGUGGAAGAAGAGACUGGAGGUUUGAUUUACAGUCCUGAAGAGGAAGAAGAUGGAGAAACGAAAAAUCCUGAGGACAAGAUCCACAGGAAAGGAAACGAGGAGGAGCUUGGCAAAGGGUCAACCAUACUUGAAAAGGAAGAGUCUGUUGUAUCACAUUAUGAGGAAACGACUGAAGGACUUGCAGAAGAUGAAAUGGAGAAAGAGACGUACACUCCAGAGGAAACAGACUCUGAUGGAUCCGAAACAUUGGGGUUUGAUGGUGUUACUGACAGUCCAAAUGGUGUGGAGAUGAAAACCACCACCUUCAUUACUCAGACUACACCCAGUCCAGAUGAUAUUGCUCUCUACAAAGUGUACACACCAGCUUCCGCUCCUGAGAAUGUGAGCACCAGUCAAGAAGGUCUAGGCCCCGAGAACACGUCCACACCUUCAGGGAUGGUAAGCCUGGAUGAUGAAAUCACCAGCAUGCCCACCCCCGUCAUUAAGGAUCCAUGGGAAACCAUUGAUAAUGGCCACUUACUGGAGCACAUCCCUGGUCACAUCCCGACAGAAAUCCCUGAAAAUCGGAGUGUGAUGGAACGAGGUGGAGAUCCCAGCCUGGACCAGCAGGAGCGGGCUGGGGAGGGUUCUUGUACGGAAGACCCCUGUCACGGUUCAGGCCAUGGGCCGAUGAUCGCGGCCAUUAUCAUUGGUGUGGUAGCGGCAGUGGUGGGCGUGGUCUUAGGGGUGUGGUGUUAUAAAAAGAGGCAACUAAAGAGCUCGCACUACCAGCUCAAUGGAACUAACAGGCAAACGCAGUGCAUUGAAUUACAACAGACUGUGUGAGAGUCGUACAGAUCCUCACGAAUCCACACAGCUUACACAAGCAUCCAUACAAAGCCAUUCAUGUAUGAACAUUACAGUCUGUGUCCACCAGGGCUGAGCAAAAUCUAGAAUUGAAUUAUUGUCUCUCUUUUGAUUCAUAAAUGUGAAUUUGAAAUCUAUCUAUCUAUCGAUUUAUCGUUGUCUAUCUAUCUAUCAUUCUGUCAUUCUAUCUUUCUAUCGUUGUCUAUCUAAUGUUCUGUCUAUCUAUUUAUCUAUCUAUCGAUCUAUCUAUCUCUAUCUAUCGUUUGUUCUAUCAAACAAAGCUUUCUUUGUUGACAAACUUUGCUUUUCAUAAUUUUGUAGUAAAAUUACAGUUAUAUGAAUUUUAAUGAACUUAAAUUUGCCUCAAAUUCAAGAAUUGCAUUGCAAUUCAAAAACAAAUUCUCAAUUCAAUUCUGAAUGGCACAAAACAACACUAUGUUCAAAACUCCUUUACCACACAAUGUCUGUUGGAUAGGAUUGUUUAGUGCUUAUUUCUGUUUUCCAUGCUUUCUUUUUCUUUAUUUUUUCAUUGUAUUGUGGAUAAUUGAUGUGUCAUGAAUCUGAUGUCCUCUCUUACUUUGGACGGACUGCAUUGGACUGCGGGUCGGUGCAUGUAUGUACAUGGUGCCCGUCUGUCCUUGUUAACAGAUUUGUAUGUGUUUAUAGCUUCGUCCAUUAGUGAGUAAGCGUGCGGGAAAGAAUCAUCGUGACUUUAGCCUAUUUUAGUGUGUGUGAGAAAAAAAAAAAAAAAAAACAGUGUGGUUGAACUUAGCAUUCUGUGUGUGCUAUUGAAAGUUUCUAGCUCACAGACAGGUGAGACAUUCUGGUCAGAAGAACUGAGGGUGAAUUCUGAUUGGCUCAGAAUAAAUAGCUUUCUUCCCUAAAUUUAGAACACAAUGAGCAUUUGUUCAUUUUAGACCUUUUUCCUUUAAAUAGGUGAGUUUCUUGGGGUUGAGCUCAGGACUCAGAAAGAUUCACACUCACAGACAGGUGAGACAUUCUGCUUAGAGGAACUGAUGGCGGAUUCUGAUUGGCUUUCAACACAUUUACAGCUUGCUGAGUUUCAGUUUCUUUCAGUCAUGUAGUGCUAUUAAAGUUGAAUUAUAGCAGACUAUAAUUCAACAGAUUUUCAGCAGAAUAGCAGAUUUUCUAUGUACAAUUUCCCAAAUGUCUCAUUGAUGUUCAGUACAAACCUUUUUAGGCCGUUUUUUUUCUCUUUUCUUUUCUUCAUUCUUAACUCAUUUAUCAUCUCCAGCUACAUUUAGGCAUAUUUAUAUCAACUGUAUUAUAAAUGUAAAAACUUUAUUUUAGAACUAGUUAAUUAAAACAAAACACAAAUCAGAUACAUCUGCAAUAACUUUUUAUUUCAGUUGUCUUACUUAAAUCAAACAUUUAUAUAGGAUGUUGUAUGCUAUUUUUUUUCCAGUUCUCUUUUAGAUAAUAAUAAUAAUAAUAAUAAUAAUAGUUAAUAAAGUGUAGUAAAGCCAUUUAUUCCUAGGUGUUGUUAGAGCAAGCGUAGUGUAUUUGUUUUUUUUUUUUUGGUUUGUUUGUUUUUUACAUUGAUUUAAUUAUAAAUGAAGAAGAGUGGAAUAAAGAUGUUCACACCAAGAACGAUAACUAUAAAAAGGUAACUAUAUUUGCGUCCACACCAACAAACGAUAACAAAGCCUAGUCUUUUUCACUGCAACUUCAAACAAAGCAAGACAAUGUUGUGAAUGUGAAACUAGCGCUGAGGUAAUUUUUUAUGUUACACUGUUUGCUAGCCUGGCAUAAUGAUCUCAUCGUUAUUAACUUCUCACCCUUUAUUCCGAGGGUAUGACCGAUUGUUUUCCAUAUAUCCACUUUCAGUAUCCUGAAAAGGGGGUUUUGACUUGUCAAACAGUGGUGGCUUUUUCUGGACUUCGGCGAUUAACUUCUCCGCGAUGUCUGCCAUUUUAAAUGCGCGAGCGCUUAAAUUAGAAUGGAUUCUGAUUGGCUGUCACUGUUUUAUCGUUAAACAGCUGGGGGAAAAAACUGUUCUGGAAGUGAUCCCAGCGACAUUGUUUCUAUAUAUCGUUAUAGCUGUGGUGUGGACAGUGCUAUUCUUUUAAAUUUAGAACGAUUUUUAGAACUAUAUAUUUAUUUUUAUGCUCAUUAUAGUUAUCGUUCUUGGUGUGAACGGGCCUUAAAUCUUUAUUUGAACUUUGCAGGGUCAUUUGCAAGUAUCUAUUAAUGAUCGGCUGUCAAAAUUAACAUUAUCUAACUGUUUGGGUAUCUUUGAAUGUUGAUUGUUACUUUUUUAAAUUUCCUUUCAGCUGAUGUUAGCUUUUGUUGUAGAAUAUACCCUCUCAGUGAGUUCAUCUCUGUUUAGUAAAGAAUCUAGUAGAUACUUUCAAAUGAUGAAAAUCACAGCAGUUUCUCAUACAGGAGCCAAAAAUACUUGCAAAAUGGUGAUACCCUUCUCAUCUCUUUUCCAGUCUUGAUGCAAAGAAUGUAAAAAAAGAAAAUCAGUUGCAAUUGGCUACUGUGCUGGUUUUUACUUUUAGUUGAACCGAGAUAUAUUUAAAUCUAUAUGGUGGAAAAAGACCUGAACUGCAAAUUUGUCGGGUAAAUGUGGCCACUGGAACUAUUUUAUUUGCUGUGAUGUUGUUUUUCUGAACUGUAAAGUGUUUUUAUUGUGAUAUAUGGAGCCGUGAGAUUUCAUAAUCUUUGUUCUGUUAUUCUGUGAUCAUUUCAAUUCCAUUUGAAGCUAAAACGGCUUGGUAAUAUCAACAUUACUCUGCGACAAAUAGAUGUGACAUGAAGGUAUCUGUCUAAACAUAGCUGUGGAAAACUAACUGAACAUUAACCAAUAAAUUACUUUGGGGGGAAAUGUC